CGAAGUACCAGGGCUCUCACUCCCUACAUCGCUUGGCCGCUACCCUUCGCACCUCGUAACUUAUCUCUAUCACUCAAAAUGGGAGCUGCUGAAAUAAUCAAGAAGACCAAAAAGCGCAAGGCCGCCGAGGAGGCCCUAGCACCUGCACCCUUCCCCGUAGAUGCCGAAGAGGAUGGCGAGGAUGAUGGCGAAGCGGACGAGUUUCCUGAGAUUGAUACGCGCAGUGAUAGUGAAGGCGAGGACGAGGACGGAAGUGCGGAUGAAGAGGACGAAGAGGACGAAGAUGAAGAUGAAGACGAGGAAUCCGAGGUGGACACAGAAGAUGACGACCUCCGGAUAUACCCCAAACCAAAGACCGUCAUCUCGGACAUCACUGGUCACCCAAAACGCGUCUACCCAGAGAUCGAGGCCGACUACGACUCAGAUUCGUCUACAGAAGACACACCUAACCGCGUCGGUAACAUACCAAUGCAUUGGUAUGACGAUCUACCCCAUGUAGGCUACGAUAUUAACGGCAAGAAGGUCCUACGCCCUGCGCGGGGAGACGAGCUAGACAAGUUCCUCGAGACAGUUGAGGACCCGACUGCAUGGACAUCCGCGUUCGACAAGAACACCCAAAUGGACAAGCCUCUAUCAGAGGAGGAGCUGGACCUCAUCCGGAGGUUGCAGGAGAACGAGAAUCCUGAUGCUGGCUACAAUCCGUACGAACCUACGGUUGAGUGGUUCACUGGCAAAGGCAAGGAAGAGGUCAUGCCUCUCUCAGGCGCACCCGAACCCAAGCGGAGAUGGGUGCCCAGUAAGUGGGAGAAGCAGAAGGUCAUGAAAAUCGUUCGCGCGAUCCGCUCAGGCCGGAUAGUCCCUAACAAGCCCAAAAAUGCCUCUGCCCAGCCACAGUACUACGCUAUCUGGAACGAUGAGCCGUCCAACGUCCCCGCACCCCUUCCCGCGCCCAAACCCCGCCUUCCCACCCACGCCGAGUCCUACAACCCGCCAGAAGAGUACCUGCCCACUGAGGAGGAGCGCAAGCAAUGGGAGGAAACCGACAAGGAGGACCGUGAGCGCGACUUCCUGCCACAAAAAUACGGUGCACUGCGCCUGCUGGACCUCUACCUCGCGCCGCGCGUGCAGCGCGUGAAGCUCCAGAUUGAUCCGAACAGCCUUAUCCCGAAGCUUCCGAGUCCAAACAGCCUGAAGCCCUUCCCGGUGUACAAGUCACUGCAGGUCUCGCAUGACAAGCAUCGUGUGAGGGCACUCUCCGUCAGCCCUGACGGUGCAUGGGCCGUUAGCGGUGAUGAGAACGGCAAUGUGGGCCUGUGGGAAGUGAUGGUCGGAAAGGAGGUGAAGACAUGGAAGUUCCAGGGUAAGGUUGGUGCGGUCGAAUGGUGCCCGCGGACGGACAUCAGCUUCUUCGUGGUGGGAAUAGAAGAACAUGUUCACUUCAUUAUUCCGCCGAACCUUCCUACCCCUGUGUUAGCUGCUACGCAGGCUUUGCUAGCCCCAGCCACUUUGCCCCCGGCCCCAGCGACACCAUCGCCUGUGAAAUGGGUCUCGACCGCAGCCGCUGCAUCGUCGUCAGACUCGCCCAUCCUGACGCUCAACUUACCUUCGUCGUCAGGCCUGCCAAAGCAAAUAGUCUGGCAUCGUAAAGGCGACUACCUCUCGACAGUCUCAAGCGGCGAGGGCCAGGGCGGGGUCUGGAUCCACCAAAUCUCACGCAGGCAUUCGCAGGCACCGUUCAGAAAGGUCAAAGGCACCAUCCAGCUGGUCCUCUUCCACCCCACCAAGCCUCAUUUCUUUGUCGCCACGCAGCGCUACGUGCGGUUGUACAAUCUCGCGGAACAGAAGCUGCUGAAGACCCUGACGCCAGGUAUCAGAUGGAUUGCGUGCAUGGACGUGCACCCGUCGGGCGACCACCUCAUUGUAGGCGGCUACGACCGGAAGCUCUGCUGGUUCGACCUCGAGCUCAGCGACAAGCCGUACAAAAUUCUCAGGUACCACGCGCGCGCGCUUCGCUCCAUCUUCCACGCGCGUGUAUACAACGACCUCAUGACAAACCCGCUCAUCGUCCCGCUCAAGAUCCUCCGCGGGCACAGCGUCGCGGAGGGACUGGGCGUCCUGCAGGUGCGCUGGUGCCCGAAGCAGCCGUGGCUGGUGAGCGCGGGCGCGGAUGGGGAGGUCGCAGUGUGGUGCAGUUAGUCGACGGGUGGAGGCGGGUUACGGUAGUGUCUUCGCGUGUCUUCGCUGUGACCACUGUGGUAUGCACGCGGGCGCAAGGCGGGUCGAAUUACUCAAUCUGGAGCAGAGCUGCAGGUUGACGGAGUGUGGUAUUCCUACCCGAGCGGCCGGAUACUUGGCCGUUUCGUCGGUGUCGCCAGAGGCCAACCAAAGCGAGAAUAAGCGACGUCCAUUUUUGCUGUCAAGCAUAGGGCACUGCGAGGCGCUCCUUGAGUCAUCCGCGUACAUAAGAGUGUACGCAGGUACGUGAUUGGUAAUAGGGUAU